CGCUUGAAGCAAACGUUGUGCUACUUUCGCAGCUGCUGCUAUUUGCUACUCCUUCUCGUUUGCGAGAGUGUCGCAUUCUUCAAGGACCAACACUACAGGUCCCACACGGUCGUUGUGAUUUGAAACUUUUGGAGGUUUACUUUUUUUACUCUCUCUCUCGAAACAGUUCGGAAAGUGUGUCUCUGCUUUAAAUGUGUUCGUGUUAAGGUGCUAAGGAAGCGCGAGAGGGACAGAGAGCGAAAAUUGCGCACGUGUUGGACGGACGGUUGGCCGAACGGGUCCCGGAAAACACCGCACGUAUGUGUGCCCGGUGGGUGCAAGGAAGGGUGCACUUCUCGUCCCAGAAGCACUGUCUGCUGCUGCUGUUGGCCGAUCGCAGACGGAAUGUUUCGGAUCCAAUGGAAGCGGAAAUUGAGCCGCGGCACUUCCCAGAUCGCUAUGAACUUUGUUAAGCGAAUUAUGACUAUGGAUGAGAAGUACGUGGAGUCGAUAUGGUCGCUGCUCAAGAACGCCAUCCAGGAGAUACAGAAAAAGAACAACUCGGGCCUUUCGUUUGAGGAGCUGUACAGAAAUGCGUACACGAUGGUGCUGCACAAGCACGGCGAACGGCUGUACAGCGGGCUGAAGGAGGUGGUGACGCAUCAUCUCGAGUCGAAGGUGCGCGAGGAGGUGCUGCGCAGCUUCAACUGCAACUUUCUGCAGACGCUGAACCAGUGCUGGAACGACCACCAGACCUCGAUGGUGAUGAUCCGCGACAUCCUGAUGUACAUGGAUCGCGUGUAUGUGCAGCAGAACGACGUGGACAACGUGUACAACCUUGGGCUGAACAUCUUCCGUGAUCAGGUGGUACGCUAUCCGCGCAUUCGGGAUCACAUGCGCGAGACGCUGCUGAACAUGGUGAUGUGCGAGCGGAAGGGCGAAGCGAUCGACCACAUCGCGAUCAAGAACGCGUGUCAGAUGCUGAUGGUGCUCGGCAUCAACCAGCGCUGGGUGUACGAGGAAGACUUCGAGCGGCCGUUCCUGACGCAGUCGGCCGCGUUCUACAAGCUCGAGUCGCAGAAGUUCCUCGCCGAGAACAGUGCGAGCGUGUACAUCCGGCGGGUGGAGGCCCGCAUCACGGAGGAGGCCGAGCGGGCCAAGCUAUACCUGGACGAGAGCACCGAGAGCCGCAUCGUGGAGGUGGUCGAGGACGAGCUGAUCAAGAAGCACAUGCGCACGAUCGUCGAGAUGGAGAACUCGGGCGUCGUGUACAUGCUGCAGAACACCAAGACGGAGGAUCUGGCCUGCAUGCACAAGCUGUUUUCGCGCGUGAGCGGCGGCCUCAAGACGAUCGCCGACUGUGUGUCGCAGAACCUGCGCUCGCUCGGCCGCGACCUGGUGAAGGAGGAGGAGAACGGCAGCACGAACCCGAUCACGUUCGUGCAGAACCUGCUGGAUUUGAAGGACCGGUCGGACCACUUCCUGUACCACUCGUUCAACAACGACAAGACGUUCAAGAACAUGAUAUCGUCCGACUUUGAGCACUUCCUGAAUCUGAACAGCAAAUCGCCCGAAUAUCUGUCGCUGUUCAUCGACGACAAGCUGAAGAAGGGCUGCAAGGGAAUGUCCGAGCAAGAGAUUGAAACCAUACUUGACAAAACGAUGGUAUUAUUUAGAUAUUUGCAAGAGAAGGACGUGUUCGAGCGAUACUACAAGGCGCAUCUGGCGAAGCGGCUGCUGCUGAACAAAUCCGUCAGCGACGAUUCCGAGAAGAAUAUGAUAUCAAAAUUAAAGACUGAAUGCGGUUGUCAAUUUACCUCAAAAUUGGAAGGAAUGUUUAAGGAUAUGUCUGUCUCGAACACGGUGAUGGAGGAGUUUAAAAAUCACAUCAACAACGAUAACUCGGCACUGGAGGGCGUUGAGCUGACGGUUCGAAUUCUCACCACCGGAUUUUGGCCAACGCAGUCCGUGACGCCUAACUGCAACAUCCCGGCAGCACCGCGGAAAGCCUUUGAAACGUUCAAGCGUUUCUACCUGGCCAAACAUUCGGGGCGUCAGCUGACACUGCAGCCACAGCUAGGAACGGUCUACAUGAAUGCCGAAUUCUACGGCGUAAAGGCGGAGAAGGAGAAAACGGAAGGCAACUGUAGCAGUACGGCCCCGUCUGCGGGAAGUAGUAGUGCGCCGACUGGUGGUGCGGCCUCCCUGGACGCCCCCAAACGACAUGUGCUUCAAUUAUCGACUUAUCAGAUGUGUGUACUGAUGCUGUUUAACAAUCGCGAACGAAUGACGUACGAAGACAUCCAGCAGGAGACGGACAUCCCUAGCAAAGAUCUGAUCCGCGCGCUGCAGUCACUGUCGAUGGGCAAACAGCAGCAGCGACUCCUGGUUCGAACACCGAAAACGUCCAAAGAAAUCGUUUCCACGGACGAGUUCUACGUUAACGAUGCGUUUGUGUCGAAAUUUCACAAAGUUAAAAUUCAAACUGUCGCAGCCAAGGGCGAAUCGGAACCGGAACGGAAGGAAACCCGAAGCAAAGUCGACGAAGAUCGUAAACAUGAGAUUGAAGCUGCUAUCGUGCGCAUCAUGAAAGCGCGAAAGAGAAUGCCUCACAACUUGCUCGUAUCGGAUGUGACGUCGCAGCUAAAGAGCCGUUUCCUACCGUCGCCGGUGAUUAUAAAGAAAAGAAUAGAGGGCCUGAUCGAGCGGGAAUAUCUUGCCCGCACGCCCGAGGAUAGAAAAAUCUAUGUAUAUCUAGCUUAAACAAACACAAAACAGGAGGCAAAUUAAAUCUUCGAAUACAACAGCGAGACAGCGAGCAAAAGAGUGUAUGUAUGCAUGUGUGCGGAGAUAGUUCAGCGCAUCAACGCCGCAGCAAAAGACAGUGGCUACAAACAAGUAGCGAAGCAGCAGCAACUAAACUAAAAAGCACGCGUUAACACGUUCGAUCAAAUCUUGCAUGUCCAGCACACAUGAAGGCGAUUGAUCGGUACCGAACGAUGCGAGGGAAAAAAGGGGGGAUGUUUUAUAGAACGCGUGCAGUAGAUUCGUUGCUGCCGUUCUCUAAGCAAACACACUCAUUUAGGAGACACUCUGUGUUGCAACUUGCCUCUUUAAGGGCGAAAGACAGAGCGGUGAGACAAACAGUUUGGUGGUAGGCUGCCUGCCGCGUACUUUUUCAUGAACCACAGACACCACAACACGAGGGAAAUUGAACAAUUAAUUCAUUUGUUUUCCAGCUAUGCAAAGGUUGCAAAGAGAUUAAAAAAGACACACGAUCGCACACACAAUCACACACACGAUCACAAAGGACACUCUCAUUUUUAUCAUUGUUGUGAGGAUGAAUGUGCAGAGUGUUGUUUGCAAGGAUGCAAAUUGGCUUGAAUUUGCAAUGAGAGUCCAGCAUGCAAGUAGCAGAAAGAGGACUCGAUAGGGAAGGGAAACUUUAAUCUUAACUCUAUUGCUUAACACCUCUUACACUCUACGAUCCAUCCCCGGAUCUUCUGCAUAUUUCGUUCGCUCAAUCUGUUCACACACUCACACACUGCUUUGUGUGGUGUUUGUUUGUUCUGCAAUGAUUCGCUUGUUCGAAUCUUAUAAAACAUUUACAAACAAUAAUCCAAAUUUCAGUGUGUGUGUGUUGUACCCGUCAGCUCGGAAAAUACGCAACCGUUUCAUGUUAUCAGGGCAAAAACUUUACAGUCAAAAAGUUGCUUACUGUUCUUUUUAGAGAAAGAGAGGGAGAGAGAUUGUGUGUUCGAAAGGGAAGCCGGGAAACGGUCGUGAUAGUUGUAAUACUUACACAAGCCCCCCCCCAUCCCUACGAAUAGCUAUUUAUGAACAAAUGUCUCGGUGUAUUCAGAAGCGCUCAUAUAAGAUUUUGUUUCUUUUUUAUUUUUUUAUUUCUGAAUAAGUAGUGAAUUUUGUUAUACUCGGGCCACUCUUUUGCAAAACAAUUAUUUUUUGGCUUGUUUUAAAAUGCACUCAUUCAUCCACUCAAACCCAUCGUGUCUGUGUGUAGAAAGGCUCUGUGGUGCAGUUUGUACAGUGCUUUAACAAUAUCCGUGUAGAGCUCGCACUCAGGCGCAGGCUCUGGAGUCAAAUUUGACACUAUAUUUACCGAAAACCGCGGCGCAGUCCGUGGCGUUAGACAGAUCACACUGCCUUUUAAUUUCGUUUUAAAAGGCUAAUCACACAAACAAACACACACACACACAUACAGUGUUCUUUUUGAGUAGUUUGGUUACAUCUUAUUCGAUAGCAGGCAACAGGAUAGACGUUGUUAGGAAAUGUUGGAGUUUUCCGUUUCCGUUAGUUUUGUUUGUUCAAAGAGGAGAUGUGUGAUGAAACGGAAAUAUCUGCUGCGAGGAAAAAAACGAAGGCUCGCACUCUAUCAAUCCGUGCGCAACUUUAUAGAAUUAGAAUUUAGAGCAAACAAAGGAAAACAAAAGCAUAACACAUUAUCAUUUAUCAACUCUAGUAAGAAGCGAUAUUGAUGGUGAGAAAAGUGGCAGGAAAAGAAGCGUGCGCAUUACAUUGCAUGAACCUACUACUACCGAUGAAAAGCCGGCGCGAGGAUCGAACUGCGGAUCUUAGGCAUAUAAGGAUCGCGGGGCGGGGCUAGAUCGCGGAUAAAAUUGCGUCUGCUUAUUGUAAAGAGUCUUAGAAUGUAAGAGCUAAAGCAGGUUUUUAAGAGAAGAGAAGAUCUUUUACGUGUUGAUAUUUCCUUACUUUUGUUUUGGGGAAUCAUGAAUUCCUUCUCCCAUAUGCCUCUCGCAAAGCCCUUGCUAUCGGGGUUUCUGUCCUCCAGCUUAUUCGGGGGAGAACAUAGCUAAUAAAGGGAGCGUGCACAUGUGCCCCAUACAUUUGCGAGCGCCACUUCUAUCCCUUCAGAAGCCAGGCACCAAGAACGAUAGAGAUUUGCAGUUUUUUUUUCGUUUUCUUCGCUUGGGGGAGUGUAAGCGACCGCAGAUAUCUAAUAUGAGCAAAAGCAGUUUUUUUUUCUAUUUUAAGUGAAUGUGAAAAUCUCCUCUCAAGCGGCAUUAUAACAAAAGAAAAAAAAAACACAAGAAAAGAAUGAUGCAUUAGUGUGGAAAAUUGCUAAACAAAAAAAUAAAACGCAUUGUAAUGUUACUGAUCGGAGGAAUAAAUUAACUAACUUAUUCUUAAGCCACAGCCACAGUAAUAGCGCGUGUGUGUGUACUCUGGCAGUAGUAGAAAGGGAAGUGUGGACGCUGGGAUAGAUAAGAUUUGGAGAUUUGAGAUGCGAUCAUCGUUAACAAUAGGGAUAUGAUGGAGGGUGGAAAAUCGCACUCACAGACACACGAAAAGAAGGACGAAUUGUUGUGUCGAUUGUCUUUGGAAGAUUGCCGAAGCUGGGGGGUAUAGAGACACACAAGAGAGACACCCCUUCCGAAGAGGCAGUGCCUGGUGUGGCACGGAAAGAUGGAAAAUGAUAAUAAAAAAAGUAACGGCUGAAAGGAAUGGUUUAAA